AUGGAAUCGACGUAUGGCACUGAAGAGAGUAACUCAAAAGACUCUUCAGCGGAUUUACCAACUCCUCCUGCAGCCAAGGAAGUUCCUGGACAUAGUGAUCAUGAGGGGCCAAGCGGACAUGAGGUGAAGUCAGCACAAGCAGAAACUGAAAACUCUACUCUGCAUAUAGUUUGUGCUGAUAGUUUGGAUUCGUCUUUACAGGUCCUAGAAACGAGGCUUCCUGAUCUAACAGAAGACAUUGCGAAAUCAAAUGCGCCUUCCAAUACAGAUCCUGAAAUACCGUCUAAUUCAGGACCAACUGAGGCAUACAUAAGCUCAACAAAUGAUAAGGCAGAUUAUCCUUCUUCAGUAGACGCAAGUGAAGUGAACGGCGUGCCUGUAAAUGUUUCAAAUGGUGCCGGAACUAUGCUAAGGGAUGAAAUGAAACCUAAAGAAGAUGAAACACACCAUCAGACUGAUACGCACACAAAGCUGAAAAUGAAACAAGAUUCAGAAACAACACCUGAAAGUCCAUACAGAGGCCUUAUUGACACUGCUGCACCCUUUGAGUCUGUUAGAGAAGCUGUCACCAAGUUUGGAGGAAUUGUUGAUUGGAAAGCUCACAAAGCUCAGAUGAUCGAGAGACGCAAGCUCAUACAACCUGAACUAGAAAAGAUUCGAACAGAAAUUCCACUUUGCAAGGAGGAACUAGAAGCUGCUGAGAUGGCUAAAUCUCAAGUUGUGGAUGAGCUAGAGCACACCAAGAGGCUUAUUGAGGAGCUGAAGCAUCACCUGGAGAAAGUACAGGUUGAAGAAGCUCAGGCAAAGCAGGACUCUGAGCUUGCACAACUCAGGGCACAAGAGAUUGAGCACGGAAUAGCUGAUGAAGCUAGUGCGAUAGCCAGGACACAAAUGGAAGUCGCCAAAGAAAGGCACAAAAAGGCUGUUGCUGAACUUAAGUCAGUAAAAGAGGAGUUGACGUCAGUACAUGAACAGUAUGCUGCCCUGAUAGAUGAAAGAGAGACGGCAAUCAAAAGAGCGGAAGAGGUCAUAUCUGCAGGGAAGGAGAUUGAGAAGAGAGUGGAGGAACUGACAUUAGAAUUUAUUGCGUCUAAAAGGUCUCUUGAGUUGGCCCAUGCUGCACAUCAUGAAGCAGAGGAAUGCAGGAUCUGUGCAGCAUUGGCGAAAGAGCAGGAUUGCAUUGCCUGGGAGAAAGAGUUGCAUCAGGCACAAGAGGAUCUGGAACAACUAGACAGUAACCUUAAGUUCAAUAAUGAUAUGCAGCUGAAUAUUGAUGCAAAUUUGCGCAAGUUGCUUAGCCUCAAAUCGGAGCUGUCUGUCUACAUGGUGAAGAAACUGACUGAAGAAGCUGAAGGAGUUUCCAAGGAGCAUGAGUCUGAAGAUUCUGAACACAUUAGCAACUCAGUUAAGGAAGCUCUAGCAUCGAAACAGAAAGAACUUCAGGAGGUCAAAGCGGACAUUGAGAAGGCAAAGGCUGAGGCCAACGUGCUAAGAUUUGCUGCCACGACACUCAGAUCAGAACUGGACAAUGAGAAAGCUUCACUUGUUGCGUUGCAACAGGGGGAGGCUAUGGCAUCCGUUGCUGUUUCUUCACUAGAAGCUGAGCUCAAUCGAACGAAACAAGAGAUGGAAUCUGUCAGGUCCAAGGAAGCAGAGGCCGAAGAAAAGGUGGUGGAGCUUCCCAUGGUUUUACAGCAAGCGACUCAGGAGGCUGAGGACGCAAGGGUAGCAACUCACUUAGCUCAUGAGGAGCUGAGGAAGGCCAAGGAGGAAUUCGAGCAAACCAAGGCAGCUGCAACUGCAGCAGAAACCAGGUUAUCUGCUGUUGUGAAAGAAGCAGAAGCAUCCGUAGCAUCAGAGAGGCUAGCACGCGAGGCGGUUCAAGCUUUGCAAGAAAGCAAAGAGGCAAGAGACACUACAGAUUCUCCGAGACGAGUGGUGCUUCCUCUAAGCGAGUACUAUGAACUCAGCAAGAGAGCACAUGAAGCCGAAGAACAGGCGAGUGAGAAGGUAGCAGAAGCAUUGGCACAGGUAGUGUCGGCAAAGGAAUCAGAAGCAAGGAGCCUGGAGAGACUAAAGGAAACAUCCGAGGAAAUGGAUGAGAAGAAGGAAGCACUUGAAAUUGCAUUGGAGAGAGCCGGGAGGGCGAACGAAGGUAAACUUGGUGCGGAGCAGGAACUGAGGAAAUGGAGAGCUGACCAUGAGCAGCGCCGCAGAGCUCAUGAAUCCACGAAACGCGCGGUGAAUCCUUUGAAUGGUCCAUCUAGAGUAUUUGUUGAACAGAAGGAUCCAUACCACAAGGAGCAGGAAUCCAAGGUACAGAUGUCGGGAAGUAGCUACGAGGGCCUUGUUCCAAACCAAAAGUUGCAGAGGAAGAAAUCUCUGUUCCCUCUGAUGGGCUCGGUUCUAUCCAGGAAGACCCGGGCACAGACGUGA